AGCCCUACCCUCGAUCUUACGUAUUAUCUGUCCCAGAGUUCAACUUUGCCUCCCCUCCCUUCAUUUGCUUGCGUGUGAGAGCUAAGCUAUCUUCACCAUCGCCGGCUUUCUCCUCCGUUCCAUCCAUACGGCGUUGCUGCCGAAACUUCCAGAAUGUCAGAAAAAUCUUCCUCUAUCAAUCUGGAUUCUGUUUCCAAAUCUUCAAGCGAAGAAGAUAUAGAUUAUGCCAUUGAUGGUUCUGAAAGUGAAAAUGAAGGUAAUAGCUCAAUAUCAAUUUCAGUGAGGAAAAAAAAAUAUGUAGGUGCAAUUGCUAUAGGAGCUGCUGUUUAUUACAACACAUAUCUACAAAAAAAACCUUGCUAUGAUAGAGAUUAUAGCGGGUGGGCGGCAUUGAUGUCCAUUCUAAAUGGGCACGAAAAGCGGUGUCAUAAUCAUUUUCGAAUGCAUAAGGAAGUCUUCUUUGAAUUGUGUGCACUAUUAGUGAAUAAUUAUGGACUUAAGGCUACACAAGGUGUCAAUGUUGAGGAACAACUAGCAACAUUUAUGAUGGUUGUUGGAGUUUGUCACGGAAACAGACAACUUCAAGAGCAAUUCCAACGGUCUGGUUUCACUAUUAGUAGAUCAUUUCACAGUGUACUUAAAGCAUGCACAAAGAUGUCAAUUGACUGGGUGAGACCAUUUUCUGAUAACACAAGUACACCUCCCUAUAUUCAAGGGCAUCCAAAAUAUUGGCCUCACUUCAAGGAUUGCAUCGGUGCCAUAGAUGGUACUCACGUAGAAGCAAAAAUUGCAGCCGAUAAGCAAAUUCCAUUUAUUGGUAGGCAGGGCUUUACAACGCAAAAUGUUAUGGUUGCAUGUGACUUUGAUAUGUGUUUCACUUUUGUGUUGCCUGGAUGGGAGGGAAGCGCCCAUGACACUAGAAUCUUCUACUCUGCACUACGUGACCCAUUAAAAAAUUUCCCCCACCCUUCUAGGGGGAAAUAUUACCUAGUUGAUGCAGGAUAUCCGAAUAUCAAGGGGUUCUUAUCUCCCUAUAAAAGACAGAAGUACCACAUCCCGGAUUUUAAAAGGGCCUCAUCAUAUAACAACCACUAUGAACUGUUUAAUCAUGUGCAUUCAUCACUACGGGGUGUCAUUGAAAGAUCUUUUGGAGUGUGGAAAAAGAAAUUUACUAUAAUGGAUAAAAUGCCGGUAAAUAUUAGUUGGAAUGAUCAAAUAUCUCUUGUGCCGGCAACCAUGGCUAUUCACAAUUUCAUUCGCAAGAGUGACCGUAUGGAUGAUGAUUUUCUAGAAGCAGAGUCCAAUGAAAGUGAAGCAACUAACGAUGCAGGAGGGGAAGACACUGAGGAGGUGCAAUCACAUCAGGGCGAUGAUGCGAUGAACAAAUUGAGAGAUGACAUUUGUGCAUCAAUAACUUUUGGUAGAAUUGGUGUUCCAAUGUACUAGUUUCAUUCAUGGUUUGUUUGUAACCAAUCAGAUGUAAUGAUACAUAUAUGUAUUUCAUUCCUUGAACUUCCUUAUUUCACUGCUAAAAGGAUUCAAGGUUUGUUUUGUCAACUUUAAGGAUAUACUAGCUUAAAAGAUUCAAGGUUUAUGCUUUUGUUAUUUAAUGUUUGGGAUUCUGAAACAAAUGAUAAUAAUGUUGUG